AUGUCUAUCCGCGCACUUAGAUAUUUGCAAAAAAAUCCGCCUGAAGUCAAAGCAGAUGAACGUAUCCUGCACUUCUAUUAUAUUCACCCUUCCUCCACGAGGCCCCUGAAGCAACCUCUUGCUGUCAAACAGUCCUUGCCCACUGCCAAUGGAAUCACUGGUCACAAGUACUUCGAGCAAGUCUUCUCUGAGACUCAUCUGCCUAAUGGCAGCUUCGUCUUCUUUCGCCACGUCCACAAAUAUGCUCCUAACAAUGAGCUUCUCCUACUCUUCCUCAAACAUUAUUCUGCUGCACCGACUUCUCUUCGCACAACUUUUCGUCCCGGUUCCACCGAUAAUUGCAUCUGUAUUCACCACGUUGCUGUUUUUGCAUUCACCUCCUCCGGUGUUCCUCGCUCUAUCUCUCAAUCUGAUGAAGAAGUGAUGAUGCGUCAAUUCUCAGCCUGUAAGACCUGGGUCAAAAUGGGUCUUAGGCGUGCUAGGAGCAGGCUGGAGCUCGAAGGGAGCUACGAGAACCGCGACCGAGGACGGGAAUGACCUAGUAGUGGUUGGAACGACGAGAUGGUGACCCUUGUGGGGUUCCUAGGAGGUCCAGGGAGGUCCCUAAUGCGUAGGGAGGU